GUGGUGGUUUUGGGGGCAGUGGAUGAGUGGUCGUGGCGGGUGGGGGUGGGGGAAGCGCUCGCGUGGGUAAGAGUGUGUGUGAGUGAGUGAGUGUGUGUGUGUGUGUGUGUGUGUGUGCCCACCUCGGCGCGGCAGUGACCGUAUGCAGUAACCCGGCGCAGCGGAGGCGGCUACCUUUCCCCCGAGGCUCGGUGCUCGGGCUCCCGCAGCGGGAUGUUCUCCCGGAGGAGCCACGGGGAUGUCAAGAAAUCGACCCAGAAAGUGCUGGACCCGAAGAAGGACGUGCUGACUCGCCUGAAGCACCUCCGAGCGCUGCUAGAUAUUGUAGAUAUGAGUGAACUGAAAUUUUUUUUUGAGACCAACUACUCUCAAAUAUAUUUCAUCUUCUAUGAAAAUUUCAUGACACUGGAAAAUAGCUUAAAAUUAAAAGGAAAUAAUAAGUCGCAACGGGAGGAGCUGGACUCCAUCCUCUUUCUUUUUGAAAAGAUCUUGCAGCUACUACCUGAAAGGAUUUUCUUUCGAUGGCAUUAUCACAGUAUAGGAUCGACUCUAAAGAAGCUUUUGCACACUGGAAAUUCUGUUAAGAUAAGAUGUGAAGGAAUCCGGCUGUAUCUUCUAUGGCUUCAAGCACUUCAGACAAAUUGUGCAGAAGAGCAGGUGCUAAUUUUUGCCUGCCUUGUACCUGGAUUUCCAGCAGUUAUGUCAUCAAGAGGUCCCUGUACACUUGACACACUUAUAAAUCCUACUCCUUUUUCAUCUGAUACAAAGAUACAUCCUGAAGAAAUAACUCCACUCUUGCCAGCUGUAUCAAGUGAAAAAAUUGGUGAGGACCAAACCUGCUUUUUUCUUCAAGUAUUAUUGAGAUAUAUGGUUAUCAGUGGCGCUGCAAGCUUGGAAUGGAAGAAUAAGGAGAACCAAGACACUGGGUUUAAAUUUCUCUUUACUUUGUUUCGAAAGUAUUAUCUUCCUCAUUUGUUUCCAUCAUUUACAAAAUUAACCAACCUCUACAAGCCUGUCCUGGACAUCCCCCAUUCAAGACCAAAACCAGUGUAUGUUACCGCAACUCGAAACAAUGAAAACAUUUACAGCACAAAAAUUCCAUAUAUGGCAGCUCGCGUUGCUUUUAUUAAGUGGAUUGUAACAUUCUUUCUGGAAAAGAAAUACCUAACUACAACUCAGAACACUAAAAAUGGAGGAGAAGUAUUGCCUAAAAUCAUCCAGAAUGUUGGUGGAAUGGUACAAGAGAAAACUUCUGAGUUGGAAGUUAGUGGGCCAUCUGAACAGGACAAAAAUCAUUCUAAUAGCAGUACUUUGUCUGAUCGAAGACUCAGUAAUUCCAGUCUUUGUAGCAUUGAAGAAGAGCAUCGGACUGUAUAUGAAAUGGUUCAGCGAAUUCUCUUAUCUACACGAGGUUAUGUCAACUUUAUCAAUGAAGUAUUUCGUCAGGCAUUUUUGUUGCCUUCCUGUGACAUAUCCGUAACAAGAAAAGUGGUCAAAGUAUAUAGAAAAUGGAUACUACAGGACAAACCUUUGUUCAUGGAGGAACCUGAUAAAAAAGAUAUUGCUCAAGAUGAUGAUGCAAAUUUGGGAUUGUCAGUGACAGAGACAGAUAAUAAACAGGCCACAACUGAACAUUCUGGUCACAAACGAUCUUCAAGCUGGGGACGAACUUACUCCUUUACCAGUGCUGUUAGCAGAGGCUGUGUGUUGGAAGAUGAUAAUAAGAAUAUUAAAGCUGGUGUGCAAGCUACACUACAGGUAUUUUUGACAAAUUCUGCUAAUGUCUUUUUAUUGGAGCCAUGUGCUGAAGUUCCCAUGCUUUUGAAAGAGCAAGUUGAUGCCUGUAAAGCUGUUUUGAGUAUUUUUAGGCACAUGAUAAUGGAACUUGCAAUGAACAAAAAGACAUGGGAGCAGAUGUUGCAAAUACUACUCAGGAUAACAGAAGCUGUCAUGCAGAAGCCAAAGGAUAACCAAAUAAAGGACUUGUUUGCCCAGAGCUUGGCAGGGUUACUGUUUAGGACACUUAUUGUGGCGUGGAUCAGAGCAAAUCUGUGCGUUUAUAUUUCUCGAGAACUUUGGGAUGAUUUUCUUAGUGUGCUGUCUUCACUUACUGACUGGGAGGAACUCAUAAACGAAUGGGCCAAUAUCAUGGAUUCAUUAACAGCAGUGUUGGCCAGAACAGUUUAUGGAGUUGAAAUGACAAACCUACCAUUGGAUAAAUUGAGUGAGCAAAAAGAAAAGAAGCAAAGAGGCAAAGGUUGUAUUUCAGAUUCACAGAAAGCCACUGCAGUGGGGAGGUCAUUUUCUUUGAGUUGGAGAAGCCAUCCUGAUGUUACAGAACCAAUGAGAUUUAGGAGUGCUACCACAUCUGGAGCUCCAGGAGUUGAAAAAGCAAGGAAUAUAGUCCGUCAAAAAGCAACUGAAGUUGAAGAAUGUCAACAAUCAGAAAAUGUAACAGGAGGUGAAUCUGGCUGCCUGUUGGUCGACCAGGAGCAACAGAUACCCCGUAGCAGUAGUACUUCUGAUAUAACUGACCAAUUACAUUCUGAUUCUUGUCAAGGUAAAAAAACAGAGAACUCACAGAAUCUAAGUUCAUCAGACCCCAGACAAAUUCAGGAAAAUAAAGGACAUUUAAAGAAAGAAAAUGAAGGACCAACAGUUUUAGUGCGAAGAAGCAGCAGCCCAGCUGAAAUAGAUUUAAAAGACGAUUUGCAGCAAAUAGAAGGAAAAUGUAGAGAAAGACAAAAGAGUGAAAGUGUUAGCAGUGACACAUCUCUUGGCUAUAAUAAUGAGGUAGAGAUAACAAUGAAUCCAUGGCAUCCAUUUGAAGAAGACCCAGAACUGAAUACACCAACUGAUGUUGCUGUUGAUUCAGAUGCUAGGCAUUGGUUACAGCUGAGCCCCACAGAUGCUGCAAAUUUAACAGAUAGCAGUGAAUGCCUCACUGAUGACUGCAGUAUAAUUGCUGGUGGAAAUCUCAUAGGUUGGCAUCCAGAUUCUGCUGCUGUGCUAUGGAGAAGAAUCUUGGGAAUCCUUGGAGAUGUUAAUAACAUCCAGUCACCCAAAAUCCAUGCCAAAGUUUUUAGCUAUCUCUAUGAACUCUGGUAUAAGCUAGCAAAGAUACGGGAUAACCUAGCAAUAAGUUUGGAUAACCAGACUUCUCCGUCUCCUCCUGUCUUGAUCCCACCACUGCGAAUAUUUGCAUCAUGGCUAUUUAAGGCUGUUACAUUGCCAAAUGAAUAUAAAGAAGGUAAACUACAAGCAUACAGGCUAAUCUGUGCUAUGAUGACCAGACGCCAAGAUGUUUUGCCAAACUCUGAUUUCCUGGUGCAUUUUUAUCUUGUUAUGCACAUUGGCUUAACUAGUGAAGAUCAGGAUAUCUUAAAUACUGUUAUAAGGCAUUGUCCUUCCCGUUUUUUCUUCUUGGGUUUACCUGGCUUUACAAUGCUGAUAGGAGACUUCAUCACUGCUGCAUCCAGAGUUCUCAGUACAGACAUGUUGGCGGCCCCACGUUCAGAAGCUCACACCAUUCUGGGUUCCCUUGUUUGCUUUCCCAACAUUUACCCAAAAAUUCCAUUACUUCAGUCAGUUCCUGAAAUUGAUGGAGUCAUCACUGGAUCUGAAGACAUCAAACAUUACCUCAUAAAUAUUUUACUGAAGAAUGCAACAGAUGAGCCAUGUGAAGGUGCAAGAUGUAUUUCUGUAUGCUGCCUCGGACUUUGGAUAUGUGAAGAGCUUAUUCAGUGUACAAAUCAUCCAAAAGUAAAAGCGGCAAUCAAUGUUAUAGGCGUAACUUUAAAGUUUCCUAAUAAGGUAGUGUCUCAGGUAGCUUGUGAUAUCCUUCAGUUGCUCGUGUCCUAUUGGGAAAAGCUUCAGAAGUAUGAUAACUCUCUGCCACGGAAAAUUACUGAAAUCCUUGUGGCCACAAUUGCAUUUCUUUUACCAAGUGCUGAGUACUCUUCAGUAGAAACAGAUAAAAAGUUUAUUGUUUCUCUUUUACUCUGCUUAUUGGAUUGGUGCAUGGCAUUGCCAAUGAAAACCCUAAUGCAUCAAGUGUCUACUGUUCUGGAAGAUCAGCAUUCAUCUAGAGCCCCAUUACUAGAUUACAUUUAUAGGGUUUUGCACUGUUGUGUUUCUGGCUCAAGCACAUAUACCCAACAAAGUCACUACACAUUGACUCUGGCUGACCUUUCAUCUUCUGAUUAUGAUCCUUUUUUGCCACUGGCAAAUGUCCGGAAUUCUGAGCCUAUACAGUACCAUUCCUCAACAGAACUGGGGAACCUACUUACUGUUGCUGAAGAAAAACGGAGGAGGAGUUUGGAAUUAAUCCCUCUGACUGCCCGCAUGGUGAUGACACAUCUAGUAAACCACUUAAGUCACUAUCCACUGAGUGGGGGCCCUGCUAUUCUUCACAGCCUUGUUAGUGAAAAUCAUGACAAUGCAUAUUUUGAGUCACCUGAGCUCUCUUCUGAAGUCUUCAGAAGUCCAAACCUACAGUUGUUUGUAUUUAAUGACAAUACCCUUAUGUCUUACCUUCAGAUUCCUUCAGAAAGAACAGAAGGGAGGCCUUCAGGUGCCCUUUCUGAUGUCAGGCUUAUUGUGCGAGAUAUCUCUGGAAAGUAUUCUUGGGAUAGCAAAAUAUUAUAUGGACCUUUGGAAGGCUGCUUUUCACAGGACAAAAGGAAUAAUUCAUUUGUGAUUUCAGAGAGUAGACAGCAGACAUUUGAACCUGAGAAAGAUUUUUCUCAAAUUGAAGAAGUAGAUGAUGUGCUUGACAAAUUACUUGAAAAUAUUGGCAACGCAAGCCCUGAAUGCCUUUUGCCAUCCCAGCUUAACCUGAAUGCUCCUUCACCACCCCCAUUUGGAAUGAGUCAUUAUCAAGAAAAAGAGAUCAUCGAAGCAAUUUUGUAUCAGAAUGCCCAAGAAGAGGAAUAUGUACAUAGGUGUAGGUCUGAUGUUGUAAUGAAAGUUCCCAAUGAAGAACAGCCAGUUCCCUCUGAGCCACAAGGUCCAUUUUAUUUCUGUAGAUUACUGCUGAAUGACUUAGGAAUGAAUUCUUGGGACAGAAGAAAAAAUUUUCAUCUGCUGAAGAAAAAUUCUAAAUUGUUGAGAGAGUUAAAAAAUUUGGACUCACGUCAGUGCCGUGAAACUCACAAGAUUGCAGUGUUUUACAUUGCUGAAGGACAAGAAGACAAGUGCUCAAUACUGUCAAAUGCAAGGGGAAGCCAGGCUUAUGAAGACUUUGUUGCUGGGCUUGGUUGGGAGGUUGACCUUUCAACACACUGUGGAUUUAUGGGUGGCCUACAGCGAAAUGGCAGCACGGGACAAACUGCACCUUACUACGCUACCUCUACUGUGGAAGUAAUUUUCCACGUCUCCACUAGAAUGCCAUUUGAUUCAGAUGAUUCUCUCACCAAAAAGCUUCGUCACUUGGGAAAUGACGAGGUUCACAUCGUCUGGUCUGAACACACCAGGAACUACCGCAGGGGUAUUAUACCAACAGAUUUUGGAGAUGUUUUAAUUAUUAUUUAUCCAAUGAAGAAUCAUAUGUUCUUCAUCGAGAUAACGAAGAAACCAGAGAUUCCAUUUUUUGGGCCUUUGUUUGAUGGAGCAAUAGUGACUGCAAAAUUGCUGCCAAGUCUUAUAUGUGCUACCUGCAUCAAUGCUAGCAGGGCUGUGAAGUCUCUCAUACCCCUCUACCAGAGUUUUUAUGAAGAACGAGCUCUGUAUCUUGAAGCAAUAAUCCAGAAUCACAGAGAAGUAAUGACAUUUGAGGAUUUCGCAGCUCAAGUCUUUUCUCCCUCUCCUAGUUACUCCCUCAGUGGAACGGAUAGUCUCACUACCAGUGUGAGUGCUGACCUUCCUGUUUCUGUUGGAGGGGAGUUGGCCUGUCAGACGUCUCCAUCACUAACCCGUGCCCCCAAACUCAAAAGCUCUGGGAAACUUCGUCGUUCUGCUAGUGCCCUCAGCAAAUCUUCAAAUUAAAGUACAUUAGAAACUGAGUCAGCUCAAAGAAAAUGUUUAGGCUAACUCAAAAUAGCUGUGUCAAUGAUCGUCUGAACUUCACAGGAUGACUUUGUGCUAUAAAAUCACAGUUCCUUCCAAAGAAGAAAAGUUCCAGCAAACAAGUUUCGCUUCACUCUCCCUUGUGUGUUGUUUGUGACUAGACUAGGAACAGCAAGUACAAGGGAUCUCAUGUGGUUUUUGAUGUGUAUCACAAGUAGCAGGUUGUUUGUGACUCAAGUACUUUUUUCUUAUUUAUAGGCAGAAAGCGCAACUGUCAUAGGAAGAUGCAAAACAAGUAUUGAAGCAAAUUGUUUAUGGAAUUGCCUUUGGUUGUAUUGAUUUUAUUAAUAUUCACUCUGAUCUUAGUAUUUGUGCUUUAGUUUAAAAAAAAAACCAAACCUUUUAUCAUCACAGAAGACUGGCUUUCCCCAAGGUCUCUUUUCCUCAUGGCCCAGAAGUGAUUUGGCUUCAAUUUGAUUCACUCACUUCACUGCAUAGUCAGAUAUCAGGAUGUGAUUUUCCACCAGGUAUCCACUAGCACUGGCUAAGUUUUAAUGAUCAUCUGUAGAGCUUCCAGGUCAUUGUUGAGAUACUGCAGCAUUGAAGAUUCAACUUUCUAGGCAUACAGGUCAAAUCAAAUUAUAGCAAUUGUAGCAAAUGCUCAUUCAUUGAUAAUCUUUCAUAUGGAAAAGGAUGAACAGGACAGUAUUCACUAUAGCAGAAGUUUCUUAGUCAAACAGAUAGUUUGAGUCUUGCCAUUUGAAUCUGUAACCUCUAUUACUUGACCAUCAUUCCAAACCUUGGAAUCUGUUUUCAUGCAGAUAUUGUCAUUAUAACAAUAACUAACUAGGAGGUGACUAGCACUCUUGAAGGACUUGAGUUCUAAUGCAUGGGAGAGCUCAUUUGCUAAGAACACUUUUUUCCUUUAUGCCCCAAAUCUUAACUUGAGCAUUCCCACCAUCAUAACUAUAAUCCACAGAAGAAUGUCAGCAUAUAGAUUCCAUUUCUUCAGCCUCUUAAGCAAGACACAAACAUACUCAGAGCCAACAUUGUGCAAGAUACUGUACUAGAUGUAGAGAUAAAAACCAUCAACUAUCUCUACAGGGCCUACUGUGUGCCAGGUGUGCGAUGCACUAUUGCAGAUGAGAUGCCAGUAACACACAAGGAGAAUUGCCUGGAAUUAACCCAGCUUCUAAGUAGAUAAAUAACUGUAUUUUGUGGCCCCAAUCAUUACUUUAUUCUAAUCGGCUAAUGUUAGAAACCUACUAGCUAGCUAUUGAGUUCAAUAGGUAGUUAUUAAAGCUUCAAACUGCACUAAGACUUUUGGGACACUCAGUACCUUUUCUUUUAAGAUCAUCUUCAAAGUACAUAGAUCCCCAUUAGCCAACUUUGAACUUUUUUGUAGACUAAGAGAAAUAAACCCAAUCAGAGAAGGAUGAGAUAGGGAGAUGAGUGUGAGCAAGUCAGGACUGGCAGCUGGCAUUGUGAUAGAUGCUCAAGGUCACAGAACAAAUCAUGUGGACGAUAUUAACUCUAACUCUUUUACUUUUUUCUCCUCUUCAUUUAUAUUUUCAUGCAGUUCUAUGAAAUACCUUUCUUUUGAGGAUUACUGUGAAGGCCUGCAGAAAUGGUUCCUGUACAGCCAUCUUGACCAUUUGGAUGGCACUAACUUCGGGCAAAACAGUAGAACUCACUGUGGGUGGAGUCAGCCUAAAGCCCUUAGCUGACUUCUAACAAUGUGUGCGAGCCUAGUUGGUCAAGAGUCAGGAAACCUCUCUUCUGUUAUUUUGCAGGCCACUGAAUUGUAUCCCAUGAGGAGUUAGGAGUCAGAAUUCUUUUCUAGUUUCUAGAGACAUGCCACCAAAAAAAGUAGUAUGUGUGUGACCUGGACGUAGGCAGGUAGUUGGGACAUUUCAAGGGACAUAAGGGAAAAUUCAAUCACUUAAGAUUGUUUUUGCUUUGUAAACUAGUCUAUUUAUAUAAGUAUUCUCUGGCUCCUUAGCAUGGACAGUAUCAAAAAGAGUUGAUUUUCAAGGUGUUUUUUUUUCCUGAUUAUGCCAGCAAAUACCUCAUCCCCAUUUUGUUAUGUUUUAAAUCUGUACAUGUCACAAAGGCAAACAGCUAUUUAGCUUUUUGUUGUUUUUGUUUUUUAAACAAAGUAGAAGAACCUAACUAUAAUAGGCUAAGCAAACUUAGCAUUUUUAAACUUGGAGUUGGCCCAGAGUUCAUUGAGAUAACUAUUUGAGGAAUGUAAUCAUCAGGUAUUAUGAAGGCGUGUGAAAUUACUGGGUUUCUAGGAGAGGUGAUGGUGAUGCGUGUCAACAUAUAAGAGGGCCAACUGAAAGUCCCCUUAUUUCUUAAUAAUUAUGUUACUGCACCACGAGCUUGUGCCUCUGUAUUUUGGGUCAUACUCUGAGCUGGCAUUCCCCUUACAAACUCUGAUUGUCAGAGGCUUGAGACUAAGACCUUGCGAUUUGCUUCAGGAUAGGCACAAGCAUAUUUUAGCAAAAAAGGGGAGAGGGGCUAAUUUCAUCUGCAAUUUUUAUGACCAAAAAUUAGGAAGAAAAAAACUUAGUUCCUACCAGAGAUGAUUUACAUGCUUGGUAACAUUUAAUCUGGAGGGUUGUUGUUGUUGUUUUUUAGGGAAAAUAUUUUUAUGUACAAAUGGACUAUAAUCAUUUCUACUAUUGGGAUAGCAAAUGGAAAUGCUCAUUAUCUCACUUAGAAAAGCUAGUAUUGCACCUUCAUAAUAAAUGCCUUUCAGCAAAAUUGAGUUGAUAAUCAGUCAGCACACACCCCUAGGUACCAGUGCCGACAAAUCACAUUAGCAGGUCAACCAUCUGUGAAUUAAAGUGUCCCUAAUUAGACCUAAAUGUGAUAAGACUUGUUGGCUUCAAGACAGUGUUAGGGUAUGCCGAGUUCUCCCUCAUUGGCAAGUUACUCUGAUACUCUAUGGCUAAAAGCUAAUGUAGCAAAAUCACAUGGACUGUUUUUGUUCUUAAAAACAAAACUACUAAAAAGGGGGAGAAAUAAAACACCUAAACUAUACAAAAGCAAGAAAAUUCAGCCAUAUCAAGUGACUCUUCACAAGUGUCUUUAAAUGCAUGCAGUCAGUGACACAGGACCUAGGAACUACAGGGUAAGGGUAGGGUUUGUAGCCUUGGAUUAGGUGGCUUGUGUUGAUUGGCCAAACCCUCAGCCUUAUUUUUUAAAAAUCAUGCAGAUUCAUAUAGCAAUGCAUCUUUCCUCAGGUCUAAUCUGUUCUUCCUCCAACGUUGAAUUUGUUUUUAUCACGUUGUAUGACAAAUUGAGGAAUACCUUAAAACUUACUGUGACUUCUCCAUAAUUACGUUUUUAUCUCUUCUGUAUGUGAAACUAAAUUCUAUAUGGGACAAGCCAUUGUUUUUAGUUACAUUCAAUAUCUCUGUAUGAUAUAUACAUUAAGUGAAUGUUUUCUGUUUCCUCGUCUACAACGUUUAGCGUGUGUGUAAAUAAGGAAAGGUAUUUGAUAAAUUCAGUAAAAAUUAACUUGUAGUGUAUCAUCUGCUUUUGAGUUUGUUUUUCCUUUAUUUAAUUUUAUUAAAACCCAACAUUAAGAUUUAAAACUAGGUGACCUUUCCAGUCCAGCACUGGAUGUUACUACUCCUUAUGGAAGCUUAUAUGGAACCUGCCUUUGCAGGCAUCUCUUCACACCAGGGCAAGAACUGCUGGCAAAAGUAGGCCUAAUCUCUGAAAACAGCAGAAAGAAAUUGUUCCUCUUGAUUACCACAAAGCUUGACUUUGGAGUUAAGAUUCUCUUUUGUGAUGAUACAGUAUGUUGAUAAAAUAAUUUAGAAAAGCAGCACUUGUGUGCUGUAUAUUUAAUCUGUUUGCUUUUUCAUUAUUUGAUGUGAUGAUUUGGUGGUUAUUAAUCACUAAUAAAACAUGUGUCGAAUUUA